GUGUUUCAUAUACUAUCUAGCAUUCGUGAUGAUAGCACUAUGGAAUAUCACAUCUUUACUGCAACAGUUUCAUAUUUCAGGCUUGGAAUAUUGGAAGAUGAGCGAAAAGAAAUGAUAAAUUUGAUACGAAGUAAAUCGCCAGAUCGAUUAUCCCGAUCAAUAUCUACCAUUUCGUCCAUUGAUCAAUGUAUCGAGAAUUCGAGACAAGAAGUAAAUGAAGUGAAAGCGAAGAAGGAAUCCAAUUUGUUGAAUAUUUUACGGUUCGCACGUGAUGAAUGGCUUUUGUUAUUUUUUGGAUUACUUUUUGCGAUUCUAAAAGGAUUUAUAUUUCCUAUUUUUUCGAUUAUCUAUGGAGCUAUGUUUCAGGUAAAUCUUCGAGUGCAAAAACUUCAGGCGUUAACGAAAGCAACUGCUGAGCAACGGUUGCACGAAGCUUUAACGAAUGCCAUAAAUUUCAUAAUACUUGGCAUCAGUUGCGGAUUUGUGACAUUUUUAGCAAGCUAUCUGUUUGCUCUUCCCGGCGAAUUGCUUACCAAACGAUUACGCAUUACGCUAUUCACUAAUAUUAUCAGUCAGGAUGGCGAAUACUUUGAUUUAUUGGAACAUGUAUCGGGUAAUUUAAUUACAAGAUUAGCUACCGAUAUAUCAAAUAUUCGUGCUGCAAUUGAUCACAGACUUGCAGAUGUAUUUCAAACGAUAAUUUCCAUAAUAGUUAGUAUUGGUGUUGCAUUCUAUUAUGGUCCUAAAAUAGCACCAAUAGGUAUUUUAACAACCACAACACUGGUGCUUUUUCAAAUAAUCAUUACACAGUAUCUGAAGAAACGAUCAGAAAUGGAUGAAAUGCUAACUUAUGGAUCAUUUCAACUCGCCACAGAAGCAUUGAAGUAUCAUAAAACGGUCCAAUAUUUAACAUGUGAAAGGUAUUUCUGUGAUGAGUUUAAUCAACAAAUGCGAAAAUUACAUAGCACAAAAUUGUAUCGUGGCAUUAUUCAAGCUUUCGCUUUUGCACUUCAUUCAUGCUUUAAUUUUUUUAAUUUUGCUGCAGCAUACCGUUACGGUUUAUGGCUUAUAGAGAUUGGAAAUGCUAAUCCAUUUCAAGUAUUUCAGGUAAUUGAAACAUUGAAUGUGGCAUCAAUGAGCGUUUCAGCUAUCGGAGCUUAUUUUCCAGAAUAUAUACGGGCAUGUUUGAGUGCUAGUUUAAUCUUUAAAAUGCUUGCUGAAAAACCGAAAAUUAGCAGUUUAUCAGAAGGUGGAAAGAAAGAAGUACUACAAGGUAAUGUGAAACUUAAAGAUAUACGAUUUGCAUAUCCGGUAAAUCGAAAAUGUUUGGUACUAAAAGGACUCACAAUGGAAGCAUUGAAAGGUAAAACGAUAGCUUUGGUUGGUUCAAGUGGAUGCGGUAAAUCAACCGUUAUUCAACUAAUUGAGCGAUUUUACGAUCCAUUCAAUGGUACAAUUGUAAGUGUUUUUAUCAUAUAA